AUGUCUAGGCCAAAAAGAAUCAAGCAGAUGGUAAAGUUGGGUAAAGACGGACAUGUACCUCAACCUUUUUCUUAUAACAUCCAGACAGAAUUGACAGCAAUGAAUAAUCCUAUAAAAUUGAAACCUGAAAUUGAAGGUCAAAGUGGAACUCAGAAAAGGAAUCUGUCGUCAGAUAUGGAAGAAAAAUAUAUCAAAACAACUGAAAAAUUCUGGAAUAGAAUACAUUUCCCACACCGGAAAAAAGAUUGCAAG